UUAAGAGGAGCGGUUUUUUGGAUGUUUUUUUCAAAACGUGUCUAGAUUUGGUGUCGUCCUAAUCUAACUGGCUGUGUUUAAUUUAUUCGCGUCUUGCUAAAGAAGUUUCAUCUGGUUAUAUUUCACGUAGUUACAUAAGUGCCCCCCAACUCGAGGUUCCGGUCUUGGUAGCCAGUACAACGUCUCAAAAAGUGUCGUUUAAGGACAGAACUCUCUUCCCGAAUGGAAUCACAUGAGAAGCGCGCAGCCGGCAGCGGCAUGACCUUGGAAGUGAUGCACGGAGCCACCUUGAACGGUGCUGAAAAUGGAGUCACGACCCCUCCGGAUCGCUCGCACCUGGUCAAGGACUUCGAUGACUUGUUGCCCUACGUGGGAGAGUUUGGCUGGUACCAGCGUAUCCUCUUCCUGCUGAUGAUCCCGUACGCGUUCUUCUUCGCGUUCGUGUACUUCGCGCAGAUCUUCAUGACGGUGGUGCCGGAGCAGCACUGGUGCCGCGUGCCUGAACUGGGGAACCUUACAGUGGAACACAGACGCCACCUCUCGAUCCCAUUGACCGAAGACCAGAACUUCGAAAGAUGCUUCAUGUACGAUGUGGAUUGGAAGUCAAUAUUAGACGCUGGAGUGUCGACUCCAGAUAGAACAUGGCCGACCAAGGAGUGCCACCAGGGCUGGGAGUUCAACUACACUGAUGUGCCGUAUGAGACCAUUGCUUCACAGCUGGGCUGGGUGUGUGACAAGGACAACUAUCCGGCGACAGCUCAGGCAGUGUUCUUCUGUGGGGCAAUAGUCGGCGGACUGAUCUUCGGAUGGAUCGCCGACAAGUAUGGAAGGAUCCCGGCUUUGAUUGGCACAAACAUGUGUGGCUUCGCGGCGGGGGUGGGCACCGCGUUUGCAAACAGUUUUUGGUCCUUCUGCCUCUGCCGGUUCCUCGUCGGACUCGCCUAUGACAACUGCUUCAUGGUCAUGUAUAUUAUUGUGAUAGAAUACGUCGGUCCAAAAUGGCGGACGUUCGUGGCGAACAUCUCCAUAGCUGUCUACUUCACGUUCGCGGCGUGUCUACUGCCGUGGAUCGCACUCGGGGUGGCCAACUGGCAGGUGUAUACUCUCAUCACGAGCGUGCCUCUAGGCCUGGCUAUCUUCACGCCAUGGGUUGUACCGGAGAGUGCCAGAUGGUUAAUAUCACAAGGACGCAUCGAUGAGUCUAUUACAAUACUGAAGAAAUGUGAAAGGCUAAAUGGCAAGAAGAUCCCCGAUCACAUACUGAAGGAAUUCAGAGAAACGGCAACAGAAAUAGCCAAGGAAUCCGAGCAGCUUAAAAACUUCUCCGUUUUGGACCUGUUCAGGUCUCCUCGUCUGCGUCGAAACAGCUUGCUCCUCUUCAUCAUAUGGAUGUCCAUUGCGAUGGUGUUCGAUGGCCACGUCAGGAAUGUGGGGUCUUUGGGCCUGGACAUGUUUCUGACGUUCACUGUGGCGACGGCUACGGAGUUCCCCGCUGAUCUUCUGUUGACGCUGAUCUUGGAUUCUGUGGGUCGUCGUUGGCUGGCCUUCAGCUCCAUGGCUUUGAGUGGAGUCUUCAGUCUGCUGGCCACGGCUGUUCCUAUUGGUAUCCCCUCUGCCUCCCUAGCUAUAGUGGGUAGGUUCGCCGUGAACAUUUCCUUCAACAUCGGCAUGCAGUACGCAGCCGAACUGUUGCCUACCGUCGUUAGGGGACAGGGACUCGCCGCUAUACACAUCAUGGGAUAUGUGGCCACGAUACUGGUGCCUUAUAUAGUUUAUUUGGCGACCAUAGCCAAGGAGAUCCCACUUCUGACCCUGGGAGCGCUCGGCAUCGCCGGCGGGUGCCUCUGUCUGCUGCUGCCCGAGUCCACCGGCCAGGCCAUGCCGCAGACCAUGGAGGAUGGGGAGAACUACGGCAGGGGACAACGGUUCUGGGAUGUGCCGUGUUUGCUGAAGAGGAAAGCUGCGAAAAACGCAAAAAGUAACAACAAGGAAGAAGAAAAUGGUCGUUAUUAAUACUUAUGUUUAGUUACCGUCACAGAAUAAUGACUCGGUACUGUGUAUCUACCCCUACUCUUACUUAUCUACUGGCUACUACUUACCUAACUAAUAAAUCUGACUUUUGUAAAAUAAAAUAAAGCUUACAAAAUAAACACUA